AUGGCAUCUACAAUUCCCCCAACCCGUAUGGUCGUUACUACACACAAGAAUGAUGGUGUAUCCAUCUUCGCCGCCGAUACCGUUUGUGAGGCCUUCCAACCUUUCGGGCCUGGCAAAAGCUCUUUCUCCUCAUUCCACAAAAGCGACACGGUCCCCGCCUCAAACCAAACCGCCCUCCCGAUCCUCACCAACACCCUCCCGCGGUCCCCUCCCUCCGGCGUCCUCUUCUGCACCACCGACAUAGCACCCAACUCCUCCGCGCCCAUGCACCGCACCCUCUCCCUCGACUACGCCGUCGUGCUAGCCGGCGAAAUCGUCUUGCGCCUCGAUGGAGGACGCGAGAAGACCGUCAAGCAGAACGAGGUUAUUGUGCAGAGGGGCACGAAUCAUGAGUGGCAUAAUCGCACGGACGAGUGGUGUCGGAUAUUGGUUGUUAUGGUAGGGGCGGAGGCUGUCAAGUUGGGGGGCGGAGAGGUUUUGGGGGAGACGGUUUUUGGAAAGCCUGCACCUCCUCCGGCUUAG